UUUUUUCUCUCUAAAACAGUCACUCUCCCUCAUUUUCCUCUUUAUUCUCUCUCCUUCCAUCCCCUUUUCUCCCUCCGUUCCCCAUUCAUUGUAUUUCAUUAAAAUGCCAGAGAAAAAUCCCUGCAUAUGAGGAGGAAAAACGCUAUAAAAGUUUACCUUGCAUUGCUUUCUUCCUCACCUUUGUCUCAUCAUUUUUUAGGGUUCUUUCGAUUUCCUUUUCCUAGGGUUUCUGCAGUGGUUGUUCCUCCUUAUUGCCGUAGAAGUGUCGCAGGCUGUUUGUGCUAGGCUUUUAGGGUUUUUUUCAAAGGUUUGUUUGGCUUCUGAGGUGUUCGGUGAAAUGGUUGUUGAUUCUUUUUAGGGGAGCUUGGAGAUUUAGGGUUUUGUUGAGUAGAGAUGACAACUACAGAGCACGAGUUGGAGGAGCAGCUUCUCGAGGCCGGGAAGAAGCUUGAGAAGCUUCCUUCUGAUCCUUCUGAGCUCCUCCCACUUUUGGAGAAAGUAGAGUUUUGUCUGUCAAGGGCAGAACAGUCUCCUUCUAAGUCUAUGUCAGAUGCGCUCGUUCCAUCAACAAAUGCAUUGGUUACUUCAGAGCUUUUGAAACAUCCAGACAAAACUAUUAGAGUUGUUGUUGCCUCGUGUAUCAGUGAGAUCACAAGAAUAACAGCCCCAGAAGCUCCUUAUGGAGACGACUUGAUGAAGGAGGUCUUCCAGAUGAUUGUUGCAUCAUUUGAAGAUCUCUCUGAUAAGUCCUCUCCAUCAUUUAAUAGGCGGGUUUCAAUUCUUGAAACUUUAGCGAAGGUUAGGUCAUGUGUUGUGAUGCUGGACCUUGAAUGUGAUGCCCUGAUUGUUGAGAUGUUUCAGCAUUUCCUGGAAACCAUAAGGGAGGACCAUCCAGAAAACGUGUUCACAUCCAUGGCGACGGUUAUGACGCUUGUGUUGGAGGAGAGUGAAGACAUCUCUUUUGAACUAAUAUCUGCUCUUCUAAAUUGUCUUAUGAAGAUAAAACAGAAUGCUUCAUCUUUUGCAUCCAAGUUGGCAAAGAAAGUUAUCAGUAACUGUCGUGGUAAGCUUGAUCCAUACAUGGAUAAGGCAUUGGAGGAAUUGGGUAUCUCAUCUGCUGAGUUCACCGAAGUUAUGGAGCAACCAUCUAAAGUUCCAAAUUCCUCUGAUCAGAAUUUGACAGAUGAGUGCAAGAAAUCGGAAUCUAGCGGUACGCUAGAGCCGCCUCCGGCACCUCACCCAGGUCCGGAAAAGCAGGAAGGUGAGCCUGCACAUCAUGAAGAAACGGGUGUCGUUGACAUAACUUCCAAGGAUAAAAUGAGUAAUGGCACUGCUAAACUUACUGAGGAAGACACACCUGUGGAUACUGAGGUUCCUAAGUUGAAGGCUGAUCGUUCUCACCGUGGUACUUCAUCAACAACCAAAAAUAAGAAGGAAACUUUGGACCCUCGAAAGAGCACCGAGCUCGAAUCUCCUCGUAGUCAAACUACUGAGAAAAAGAGGGGACGGAAGCCCAGCAUAUUGUCCCCUUCAUCUGAUGCCUCUGAGGAUACUCGAUUUGCUAAUGAAAAGGAAGAUGUCGAACCCUCCAAGAGGAAAAGGCAGCGGCAGAGCAAGGGUUCGGAAAAUGCUCCUUCUGACGCUCCACAGGGCAAGGAAGCGGCAGCUUCUUCUGUAACAGUGAAGAAGCCACAACUUCCUUCUCCAUCAAGAUCCAACAAUGAAACUGCAGAUGUUCCAUCGCCUGCAACGGAGGCUUUGCCUUCAGAGAUGGCUCGGCCUACGCGACGCAGGUCAAAAGUUAGCCAGAAAGAUGAUAAUAAAUUAGAAUCUGAUGUCUCAGUCACACCUGGUGAAGCAAAGGAAACUUCUACGGUGGAUCAUGGUGGAGAUAAAUCAAAGUUACCUAAAGAUCCUGUUGACAAGGCACCCAAAAUGAAGUCCAAAGCAGAAAGUGAAGGUGAUGCUCAUCCUGUAGUGAAGACAUCAAAGCGUUCAAAUAAAAAAGGAAAUGCAAGUAAGAAGGAAAGUAAUGAUAAGAGCAGUGAGGAGAAGAAACCAGCUGGCGAUUCGAGCUCCAAGAAAUUAGACUCAGCUUCCAAAUCAACAACUGAAUCAGCAAGCAAAGAGCGCACACAAUCGGAUGCCCCAAAAACAGCAAAAAGGAAAAGUAACGAAAAAGAUGUGACUCCUGCUGUUCAUGGUGAAAAAGAUAUUGACGAGAGUCUUGUUGGGUCAAGGAUCAAGGUUUGGUGGCCACGUGAUAAACAGUUCUAUGAGGGUAUUGUUCAGUCAUUUGAUUCGGAGAAAAAGAAGCAUACGGUAGCAUAUACUGAUGGUGACGUCGAAGUACUGAAGCUUGAAAAGGAGCGCUGGGAAUUAGUUGAAGCUGAUGCUGAACCUGAAGCGGGACCGGCAACUGCUGUUACAUCUCUUGAUGCAUCUCCUGUAACGCCUCCUCGGAAAAGGUCAAAGAAGAAUGCAGGUUCUUCAGUCAAAGAGGUCAAGACAGAAGCUCCAGUAAAAAGGACUGAAAGUUCGUCUGGAAAACAAAGGGGUGGUGCUUCUCGGUCCGGUGAGAAAUCCAACACAAAUGGCUCUUCUUCAGCUAAGGGCAAGCCUGGUUCAUCCAACAAGAAACCAGAGGCCAUUGACUCAGCUACUAGAAAGGUUACAACACCAAUCAACUCAGCCAUCAAGAAGCAAGAGAGCAAUAACUCAAACACUAAGAAGCCUGCCAUUGAGAACUCGGAAUCUAAGAAGCCUGGAAGAAAGAAGGGAAGCGGCUCUGCCAUUAAGCAGGAGAGCAAUUCUAGUGAUAAGAAGCAAGAGGGAAGCUCAAGCAACAAAAAGGAUAUUGAUUCAACUGAUAAGAAACAAGAGAGCAAUUCAUCGACCAAGAAGCAAGAGAGCACAUUGGUCACGAAGAAGCAAGAGAGCGCAUCGGCCACCAAGAAGCAAGAGAGCACAUCGGCCACCAAGAAGCAAGAGAGCACAUCGGCCACCAAGAAGCAAGAGAGCACAUCAGCCACCAAGAAGCAAGAGAGUGUGCCAAAGUCUAGUGGGAAGAAGAGACAGAGGAAAGCCUAGUUUUACUAGUGAAGGCUUUUAUACACAAGCUGGAAGAUACUUAUGGCCCUGCUCGCCCACUGUUCCCGGAAUAUGUGGUAUCUAGUCUCCUCCCUUGAAUUCUUUUUUGUGGGUGCUGCAUAUAUUAACCAUUUCUCUCUCUCUCUCUCUCUCUCUCUCUUUUCUCUCGUUCUCUCUCCCUAAUACUGUGCACACCCGUGUUGUGUAUGUGUUGACAGGAUAGGAUGUAGAUGAUGUGCAAAUGGGUUGGGGAGGGGGGGGUUCUCUUUUUCUCUUUUUCUUUUUUAUCCCCUCUUUAUUCUAGCUGAGUGUGUUUUUUUGAGAUUGAAACCACACAAACUUUUAGAUGCAUGGGUCCUAAGGUUGAUGUCUUAUUUUUAUGGCAAUAGGCAUUAGCACUCAUUUUUGUUACA